AUGUCAUUUGAUAUAGAUAGACAGGGGAUGAGGCAGGAGGGGGAACUCCCGAGAAUCCAUCCGAGUGAGAACUGCGGGAAUAGAUAGAAAAGCUGUAGUGUCCGAGCUUUGCAGCGAAACCAGAAUGGUUUAAUGUAUAGAGAGAGAGCUUGUGGUAUUAUACUGCCAUCCAGAGGUUAUGAUUGGAAUUACAUCAUUGACUUGAGUGAAUCAGGGUAGAAUCUAUGAAGUUAUUAUGAUUAAAAUCCUUGUCUAUGUAGAACAACAUUUGCUUAUUCCUUUAGAUUUGAAUAAUAAAUAUUCUAGACGUGUUUAGGACAGAUAGUCAUGAAUAUAAAUAAGUUAACGCAGUAUUUAGAUGUCAUGGUUCGGCGCGUUGAAUUCGUCUCUGCAGUUGUGAAAGCGCAGCAACAGGAAGCCGGAAGAUUGCAGUGCUGGGGAGCAGAGCACGCAGAGCCUGCUGAAGCUGCCUGGUCACCAUGACGACUUACCACUCCCCGCAGUCACUCAAUAAGGGCGUUGCCGUGGUAACCAUAGUCUGUGAGGCGCCGGUGGAAAAGUUACAGUACAAUAGUGUCAUUGGAGAAUGUUGUGACCAGUCGAGUCACGAGCCGCCAUUGGUUAAAAAUUGAGUUUAGAAUUGGCUGGAUACGUCUUUAAAAGGUUGAACGUAGCUGAUGGAGGUCCAGGGCAGGAUCUUCUGAUGGAAUGGUAAUUGUGCUGGCUCUGUGGGAGCGGGGGAGGGGCGUCUGAUUGCAGGCGAGGAGUAAAGAAAGAUUCCGCCGACAAAACUUCGUAGUAGAAUUAAAUAGAGCUAAGGUAAGGCAAUCGCAGACAACGGGAAUGUCGAUGUCAUGUCGAAGGAGCUUGAAAGUUUAACGGCGGACCAGACUUUCUGAUAAGGUUGCAGACAAGUUGAGUAAUGAAGCUGCGCUUUGGACGGCUAUGAUGCCGAGGUGGAGACUGGAUGGAACAGGAAAGAGAAGCUGAAUGAAAAGAAAGAUCACCUGAGCAGACUGGACAGAUACAGACCCAAACAUCGGUCACAAAGAGACCGGUUAAGUUUGGAGGGACACAUUUACUUCGAUGAUGCUUUUAUUGAGGAGACCAAUGAACAAUCAGGAAAGAAGACCCUAUACGCAAAUACACAUGUAGAGCUCCUAGUGAGGGUUAUAGAAGAAGUAUUCAGGAGUUUUGGUAGCAGUAAGUACUCUAUCUUCGAUGAACAUAAGCGCCUCUCUGAUACUGGGGAACAGAAAAUCAUGAGUACUCCUUACGGGGGUCGAAUCUGUUAUGUCCUUCCAAAUGGCAACCACUUGUACAUCCACUUAAAAGAUAAACUUCGGAUACGUCACAAAAAGAGAUGGUCACAGGUCAUGUAUCUUUACUAUCUGCUUGGCUGGAAGCUUACCAGAAAAUAUCUUAUCCGGCAGGACAGUGAAGACCAUAAAAUCUUGGAACAACAGCUGAAGAAAGAGAAACAAAACACCUACAUUCUGGCCUUGGAUGGUGACAUGAACUUCCAGCCAUCAGCUUUAAUGCUCUUGAUUGACCGUCUUAGAAUGUAUCCCACAGUAGGAGCUGCCUGUGGAAGAAUUCACCCAACAGGGUUUGGUCCAACAGUCUGGUUUCAGAAAUUUGAGUACGCCGUGUGUCACUGGUUUCAGAAGACAGCCGAGCAUGUUUUUGGAUGUGUGCUCUGCAGUCCCGGCUGCUUCAGUUUGUUCAGGGGAGCUGCCCUGAUGGAUGACAAUGUAAUGAAGAAAUAUGCUACGAAAGCCACAGAGGCAGCCCAAUAUGUGCAAUAUGAUCAAGGUGAGGACCGCUGGCUGUGUACUUUGCUUCUACAACAAGGCUGGCGAAUAGAGUACACUGCAUCUUCUGAUUCCUACACGAAUGCCCCUCAGGAGUUUAAAGAGUUUUACAACCAAAGGCGGCGCUGGGGACCCUCAUCUUUGGCAAACACUCUUGACCUUCUGAACACAGGAAAAGAAACUUCAAGGAAAAAUUCAUCUAUAUCAAGACUGUAUAUCCUGUAUCAGAUUUUACAAACCGCCUUCUCCAUUUUAGCACCUGCCACAGUUUGUCUCAUGAUAGCAGGAUGCUUCACGUUUAUCUUUGGCUUGAAUGGAAAUAUCUCCCUUUUUCUGGCUGUUCUUCCUCCAGUUUUCUACAUGGUGAUCUGUUUCACAUGUAAAUCUGACAACCAAAUCCUGGUUGCUGGUUUCAUGAGUAUAUUUUAUGCAUUUCUCAUGGCAGCCACCUUCCUCAGCAUUAUAGUUGACAUGGUCAAGCAACAAACAUUCAUCACCCCCAGUGGUCUGUUUUUCAUUUUUUUAGUGGUGCUUUACUUUGUAGCAGCUCUGAUGCACCCCCAGGAAUUCCACCUUGUCCUCUAUGGAUUUAUUUAUAUAAUUUGUGUGCCAAGUGCUUAUCUGCUCUUAAACAUAUACACACUGGUCAACCUGAAUAAUAUUUCCUGGGGAACCCGAGAGACAGCAACCUAUGAGAAGCUGGGAACAAGAAAAGCCAAAAAAUAUGUGAAGUAUGAAAAGAAGUGCAAAUGUCUCUGCUGGAAUUUAGAAUUUCAAGUAAAUGAGGACCAGAAAAUAUCAGCUUCCUCCAACCCAGAAGAAGUAGUGCUUCUGAAUGAUGCUUCUGAAAGCCAAAAUGAAGAAACUGAAAACUUUGAGGCCGGUGCAAUAGAUGACACUGUGGAUGAAAGAUGGAUUCAGCAGCUUCAAGAGAACACAGAUCAUAUUGAACUUGUUGAAGAUAAACUUGAUGAAGAUGAAAUUCCCUUUUGGAAAGGGCUCAUACAUUAUUACUUAGAACCUCUCAAGGAAGAUAAGCAGAAACAAUCAGAAAUAAUCAAAGACCUCAGAAACCUCAGAAACAAGGCUACCUUCGUAUUUUUCUUCAUCAACUGUUUAUGGAUAGUUUGCACAUUCUUUCUUCAACUAAUUGGUUCUGGUGUCAGCAUAAAUCUACCGAAGAUAUCUGUAGACGGUGAAACAGUAAAAGAUGCAGAGAUACAUAUUGAUGCAAUUGGACUGGUAAUACUCCUGGGUUUUGCUGGCUUGCUGAUGGUGCAGUUUGUUUCCAUGAUUUACCACAGAAUCUACACACUGAUCCACCGAAUGGCCUAUAUUGGAUCAGCAAGUAAAGAGUCAGAAAAAAAACCUUUACUAAAGUCAAAAGCUGAACCCUGGGACCCGGAAAUGAUUCCGGAACCUGAAAAGAAUAUCCAGAAAAAAAGGAAAAGUUUCGAUGGACAGCUGGAAUACAGUGGGAUAAACUGCCAUGGAAUGGACUAGAUGUAAUAUAGGACAGUAAACCCAGGAAAAAUAACAACAUAUUUCUUGCUAUUUGAUGUGUUCACUUUUUUAAUGCUAUCUGUACAUUUCUGCUCUAUGUAAAGUGUGAUGUGUCAAUGUCCCAUCACCUUUUUUGCAUCAAUUAGGGUAUUUUUAAUCAGUCAUUUUAAUUGAAGAAGUACUUAAUCUGUAUGUUUGAUUGCAAUGAGCAUAAGUAUUCUGAUAUUUUUCAUGUUGUAAGGUUUCAAAUAAACAUGUACUAAUGUAUUUUGUGUAUAGAUAUGCAUUUGGAAGGAGUCCCGUGUUAGCCUGGUAUUAGGGUGUAUGUAAGUUUCCUAUUGUAUUGUUCCCACAGGAGUACAGGGUUAGAAUGGUGAAAUGGUCUACCAUUGUAUAGGUUCAUUAUAUGUGAGAGGGCUGUGUCAGCUAAAGUGAAACAGAUGUAAACCAAAACCAGAUGUCAGAGUAUGGAAUUCUAUAGGAUUAAGACUGCGUAUGUUCCCAGCCAAAUGAAAUGCAACUAUAAAAGCUUCAAUGGGAUUACACUUAUUUGAAUUGCUCGGGUCUGAAAGGGCAUUCCCAGUUGAAGGUUUAUGGCUAAUUACUGACUGCAAGUUAGACUAUCAUUAUUCGACUAGAAGAAUGGGUUGCAAUAAUUGUGAUGCUUCUGUAGCUUGAAAAACCAGUGAAUAUAAACAGAUGUAAUCAUGUAUUGACUCAUGAAUUGUUAAGAAUAAUCUUUUUUUUAUUAAUCAAUAAACUCUGUAAUUCAAAUUAUAAAAAGUAGAAUUGUCUGAUUCAUUAUAAAUUAAGAAAAUUUCCACACCCUAUAAAGUCAUGUAAACGCAGUUUUCCAAAAACGUAACAGAACAUUUUAAAAGUACAUUUUCAUAAAACAUCACCUAGAAUAUUACAAUAGUAUUCUGAAAACAUUUAUGGUGUAAACACACUUCAGAGCACCCACAUUUUAAAUAGGACCAGUUAUUUAAAUAGCCCUGCUACCUACUCUUACUGUCAGUAUAAAUGUAGAGUAGGUGAUGGGUUUAUCUGUCUUUUAUAAUAGCUGCUUCAAUUUGCUUAAUGAUCAGCAUUAAUGAUACAAGCACAUUGAAAUUUAACUGGGCAGCAGUGUGGAGUAGUGGUUAGGGCUUUGGACUCUUGACCAGAGGGUCGUGGGUUCAAUUCCAGGUGGGGGACACUGCUGCUGUACCCUUGAGCAAGGUACUUUACCUAGAUUGCUCCAGUUAAAACCCAACUGUAUAAAUGGGUAAUUGUAUGUAAAAAUAAUAUGAUAUCUUGUAACAAUUGUAAGUCAUCCUGGCUAAGGGCGUCUGCUAAGAAAUAAUAAUAAUAAAAAUAAUAAUGAUGUAAUUACUUGGCAUACCCAAGUAAACCCUCAGAUAGCAACUCAUAACACAACACAACAAACAUUUGGUGUGACCAGUCUGUAGUCACCGCAGCAGUUAAUAAUGGAAAGAUCUUUGCCCUAUGAUGUCACAGGCCAGCUUCCGUUCCAACCCCUGUUGUCUUAAAUACCAGAGUAAAAGUGGCUUGGACAAAAAAAGAAUGAUCCUAAGACAAUUGAUAAAACAGUAGAAAAAUGAAAAUGUGCAAUAAUGUUCUUUCUCUCGUUAUGUGUACCUACAGUUAUUUCCAUGUGAUAUGGCUCAAGAUUGCUAACAACAUUAUUAUUCAGGGUUUACAUCUGUUUGAAUCCCAACAAUUUGGAUCCAAUAACGCUAAAACAAGCAGCAACUGAAAUCAACUGUACAACUGCAGGAAUUCAAUCAUUGGACAUUACUAAUUGGAUUACAGCAAUGACAGCCAAAUAAAUCAUUUUAUAUUUGAAGAGGGGCAGGAGAGGUGGGGAAUCUGUGAACCUCAGAUGGUUAUUUGGAGAAAGGGCAACAUUCUGGAAGAUGGGAAUUUUGCCUGCAAAUGAUGACCAAAAUGAAAUAUUUACCUUGGAAACUGUUUCACCUUUAAUGCAACUACCAUAGGGUAUAUUUGCAGAAAUUAACUUGUUUAUUGUCACAUUCUUAUGUUUUCCAUGUGUAUCAAACUUUAUGUACUGUAGGUCCACCUCUGCAAUUUUGCAAAUUGUUCCUACUUUGCAUGCAUUUUUUAUGUCAGUGCUGUCCUUAAACAACUUCAGAAUGCUGUUCAGAACUAUGAGAACUGAUACAUAUUAAAAUAUAUAUUUAAAGAUGGUGCUGACAUAAAAAAAUAAAUAAUGCAAAGUAUGAAGAAUGUACUUAAAUGGGCCUAAAUAGGAUUUGAUACAUAUGAAAAAAAACAAUGUGGCAAUAGCAGGGCUCUAGACUGUGACUAAAAUGGUCACCAUUUGACCUAAGAAUAGUUUUGGCAACUGAUGUUUGGGGUUGAGGCACCAUUGGUUCCUGACACUAAAAUACUGCCUUUCCCUUUACGGUGGGUGUGGCAGGGCAGAAGAAAAGCCCUACACAUAAUUAGGGGGCAGGGAAAAGCCCUGCAUGUAAAUAAACGUAUUGUGUUUAAUGUAUUAUUAUUUAAAAGAUAUGUAUUGUUUGUGUUUAUUUAAAAUACGAUGUGUCCAUUGGUUAUUGUUUAGUUUAAGUGUGGUCUGACAGUGUGGUGUUAGCAGCUUGUCUCUGCCAGACAGCUCGUGAGAAUGCGUGGUCAGCAGUGAAUUAAUUAACAGAGUUGCUGUCGACCAUGCUAAUAUUAAAAACCCUGUACAGAAUGUGACCAUCUCCACGUUCAUUGAUUAAUUUAAUGCUAAUCUGGAGAUGGUCACCGGUAUAAAAACUAGCAGCUUUUGCCAGUCGGUGUGGGUGUUUGGAAAGAGGAACGUGAGCGAGCUGAAAGAAAAUCUAAAACAAAACAGAAAGUAAAAGCAAUUGCUACUCCUGCUGGGCAGACCAGCACGGAAUUUGUUUGGUGUUUUGUGUUCAAGAUUUGUUUUUGUUCAACCUUUUAUGUGGUUCUGUGAGCCGUGUUUUGUACAAUCUUUUGUUUUAUUUUUGUGUGAAUAAAAACCGGCACAUCAGCGCCUUCAUUCGCUAA